CAUAUUCGAAUUAAGCUGCAGGUACCUUUCUGUCUGUUCCUCAUGAAAGUUCUGUCGAGUUUCCUUUGAUUUCUCAGCCUAAGCUGAGGAAACCAAGAGACAUCAUCAUAUAUAUAAUACCCUUUUAGUCUUCGAGUAUUUUUCUACCUUUGCCAAAUUAAUGGGUCUUCGGCCGAAGUUGCUUUUGAUCACAGCUUCAGUAUUUUUCUGUGUUGCCACAGCUUCCUCCAAUGGAGAUUGCAGGCCACUUGAUCAUCCAUGCUCAUCCGAUGGAGAUUGCCAAGCUGGACUCUAUUGUUUCUCUUGCCCUCAAGGAUUUUCAGGCUCUAGAUGUGUUAGAUCAACCACUACAAACCAAUUCAAGCUCCUGAAUAACUCUCUUCCCUUCAAUAAAUAUGCAUUCUUGACAACACAUAAUGCUUAUGCUAUCGAAGGAGAGGCAUCUCACACGGGGGUUCCUCGGAUUACCUUUACAAAUCAGGAAGAUAAUGUCACUCAACAGCUAAACAAUGGAGUUCGCGGCUUAAUGCUCGAUACGUAUGAUUUUGAGGGAGAUGUAUGGCUGUGCCAUUCUACCGGAGGAAAAUGCUAUGACUACACUGCAUUUGAACCGGCUAUAGACACACUGAAGGAAAUUGAAGCUUUUUUAUCAGCAAACCCAACGGAAAUCGUGACCUUGAUCUUAGAAGACUAUGUUCAAGCCCCGAAUGGACUGACAAAGGUCUUCACCGAUGCCGGGUUGAUGAAAUUCUGGUUUCCGGUGACAAACAUGCCAAAAAAUGGUCAAGAUUGGCCACUAGUCACGAACAUGGUUGCUAAUAACCAAAGGCUACUUGUAUUCACUUCAAUUAGGUCUAAAGAACAGAGUGAAGGCAUUGCAUACCAGUGGAAUUACAUGGUUGAAAAUCAGUAUGGAGAUGGUGGAAUGCAGGUGGGAAAGUGUCCAACUAGGGCAGAAUCAUCAGCCCUUAAUGACAAAACUAAGUCUUUGGUGCUGGUGAAUUAUUUUUCGUCUAUUCCCUUUAAGAUAACAGCAUGUGAACAUAACUCGGCAGAUCUCAUUAACAUGCUCCGUACUUGUUUUGGUGCCGCCGGCAACCGGUGGGCUAACUUUGUUGCCGUUGAUUUUUACAAGAGGAGUGAGGGAGGUGGAUCAUUUCAAGCUGUGGACACUCUCAAUGGGGAGCUCUUGUGUGGUUGUGAUGAUGUCCAUGCAUGUGUGCCUGGAUCAGCUUCAGGAGCUUGCACUCCCUGAAAAUGAACACUUUAUACAAUAAAAACUAUCUCCUACCCAAUUUCAUAGCUCAACAUUAUAUUCAAGCCUAUAUAAUUGAAAAGAAUGAAGUGACAAUCUAGAAUAGAAUUAAUUAAUCAAUGUCAAAGCAGCAAUGAAAUGUAAGCUAUUCACAGGAACAGAAAGCAUACUAAACAACAAAAGAAAAGGCUCUUUAAUAUAAA